UGUCGGUAUUUUGUUGCGGUGUGCAGCCAUUCAGGCGUUUAGGCUCACGUUGGAUUUCAAACUCAUUUGGCAACCGCGCAGAAUGGGAACAGGUGACAGAUUGCUAGACAUACCGUGCAAAGUGUGUGGAGACCGCAGCUCGGGCAAACACUACGGCAUCUACAGUUGCGAUGGCUGUUCCGGGUUCUUCAAGCGCAGCAUACAUCGAAACCGGGUGUACACGUGUAAGGCGGCCGGUGAGCUAAAGGGUCGCUGCCCGGUCGACAAAACGCAUCGUAACCAGUGCCGUGCCUGUCGGCUUUCCAAGUGCUUCCAGUCGGCGAUGAACAAGGACGCGGUUCAACACGAACGUGGCCCGCGGAAACCGAAGCUACAGCAUCUACAAGCAAACGGAGGCCACCCGGGACAUCCGCAUCUGUCCGGGGCGUUCGUUAACAGUGCAUCGUACGGGCACGCGAUGUCUCACUUCCCGCCUAGCCUUCACCAUUCAGCCAUGACCGGUUCGAACACACUGCUCCACCAUCCGCAACCACUCUCGUUCGCUCCACUCGGCCAUCACAUGGGGCCCUCGUUACUGCCCCCGGUCAAACUGGAACAGAGCAAGUUCGAGUUCUCACUCGGAGGACCCAAUCGUGGUGGUGAUGGAGGAGGUGGACAAAUGCCAGGAGCAAACAUGCUGUCACCGAUCAAGAUAGAGCACGGCAAAAUGACGUCUGUUGGUGGGUUCGAGUUUUCGCCGACUGGCCACAUGCAGCAUAUGUACAAGUCGCUGGAACCGAUGCCCCCUUCGCCAACCGACUCCAAGAGCUCCAUAAGUGUUGACUCACCGUCCGAAAGUCUCACCAGCCCUCACUCGACCGUGGACGGAAGUUCCAGUGUGCUCAGUCCAACACCAAUCAAUGCCACCAGCUUAAGCCUUCCGUCGCCACUGUCCCAGAACGGUGUGCUUGACAUACUGAUGAGCACGGACAAGUGCCAAGAGUUCAUCCAGUACCAGAUGCAUAAUAGCAGUAUCACUUUCCCUGCAUUUACACCCGUCAGUAGCGCCUCGAGCGGAAUCACGCUGGGGAGCCCUGUGCAGACACCUACAUCGGCACCACCGCCUCAUAUGCCACAAGUGCCAGUACCGCCGUCAUCGACAGCUUCAUCGAUGGGGUCUGCACCACCUCCACCACCACCACCGCCCCCACUCGUCCCGCAUCCGAUCGCACUGACUGCUCUACCGCCCGAGGGACCAGCCAUUGUGCGACUUCCGACCUGGGAGAUUCUACAGGAAACAACAGCCCGAUUGCUGUUCAUGUCCGUACGAUGGGUGCGCUGCCUAAUUCCAUUCCAGACGCUCUCCAAAAAUGACCAACACUUACUUCUGCAGGAAUCGUGGAAGGAACUCUUUCUGCUCAACUUUGCUCAAUGGAGUGUACCGUGGGAUUUGAGCAGUCUUCUCGAUUCCCCUCAGGUGCGCGAUCGUUUGCCUCCGGAUGCGGCUACCCAACUGGAGAUGAAGACGAUGCAGGAGAUUCUUUGCCGGUUUCGACAGAUCUCACCAGAUCUUAGUGAGUUGGGAUGUAUGAAGGCGGUGAUCCUCUUCUCACCGGAAACGUCCGAGCUGUGUGACGUUCAGCCGGUUGAGAUGCUGCAGGACCAAGCCCAGUGUGUCCUUUCGGAGCACGUACGAGUCCGCUAUCCUCGCCAACCGACCCGGUUCGGACGGCUUCUGCUUCUACUGCCGCUACUACGCACGAUCCGAUCCACCACCAUCGAGACGCUGUUCUUCAAGGAAACGAUCGGUACCGUCCCUAUUUCUCGACUACUGAUCGACAUGUACCAGAUGGAAAAGUACACCGACCUCGAGGGAGGAACGGGAGGCACACCAACGCCAAACGGUGCCAUAACACCCAAGGCAUAA